AUGUCCAAGAAAGUAGUUGUCGAAGAUGGCGAGGCCGACCAAUUCCAAACCAUCGAGGAGCAUGAAUACCCGGGCGGCCUACAUCUGGCAGCUAUCGUCGCUGCUCUUGUUCUUAGCAUCUUCCUCGCAUCCCUAGAUACUACUAUCAUCACCACCGCAAUCCCUUCUAUCACCAACGAAUUCCACAGCCUCGAAGAUGUUGGCUGGUACGGCUCGGCCAUAUUCUUUCCUAUGGCAGCCACACAGUCGGUACGGGGGAAAGCGUACAAGUAUUUUCCCGUGAAGCUCGUCUUCCUUUCAAGCAUCCUCAUCUUCGAGGUAGGCAGUCUAGUUUGCGCACUCGCACCAAACAGCAGUGCUUUUAUCGCCGGGCGGGCCAUCACGGGCACGGGCUGCGCUGGCACCUUUGCGGGAUGCUUCAUCAUCAUUUCUCUAUCUUCGAGACCGCGAAUAAGGCCGGCCAUGACGAGUUCGCUCUCUGCUACCUUUGCCGUCGCCUCGGUAGUAGGACCGUUGAUUGGGGGCGCGUUUACACAGAACGUGACUUGGCGCUGGUGCUUCUACAUCAACUUACCUUGUGGAGGUAUCGCCGCCAUAGCCAUGCUCUUUGCAUUUCGACCUCCAAAAGCUGCAUCGCCAACACCGGCGACUACAAAGGAAAAAUUCCUGCAGAUGGACGUUCCUGGCGCUGUUUUUGAGUUCUUCAUUGCACGCUGUUUCAACCUUGCUCUUUACUGGCUCCCUAUCUAUUUCCAGGCAGUGCGUGGUGUUUCGGCUGUCUCUUCUGGUGUACGGCUCAUCCCGGUUAUCCUAAGCUUGACUAUUACUCAGAUUGCUGUCGGUGGUAUUAUUACCACCACCGGCAUUCACAACCCAUUUCUAAUAUUGGGACCUGCGAUUGCGGCUGUUGGGUCGGGUUUGUUCAUGCUACUUGACGAGCAGUCUAGCGCAGGCCGAUGGAUUGGAUUUCAGAUCAUACUCGGAAUUGGAGUUGGCUUUUGCCUCACCAUUCCGCUUAUGCUAUCGCAAGUCGUGGUGCAGACAAAGGAUGUGUCGACAGCCACACCUAUCAUCAUUUUUUCGCAAUCACUGAGCAGCGCUUUCAUACUUCCCGCAGCGCAAGCAGUCUUUCAAAAAGAGCUUAUGAAGGCGCUCCGCCAGUUCGUCCCUGAUAUCAACCCACUUGUAGUUUUCUCCGCUGGUGCGAAUAGUGAAGCAAUUGCGAGUUUUCCUAGAGCGAGCCAGGGAGGUAUCGUGCAGGGUUACAGCAGCGCAUUGCGGUCUACGUUCGCGAUUGGUAUUCCAUUCGCUGGCGUGGCGCUGUUGGUUAGUUUCUUUAUGCCCUGGUUUAGAUACUAUAAUGCGUCCCAAAAGCCAACCGCCGAAACAGCGUUGACUCAAUUGGAGAAAGUAGACGCAAUGGGAGGUGGAAAUGGUGGAGAGAACAAAAAAGCAGAUGAAUGA